UGUGAUGUGACUGAGGGACGGCUGAAGGCCAAUUGGAGGGAACCCUUGUGUUAAAUUGGAUUGUAUGAACGAUAAGGACUGUGGCCCAAAUCUACCAUAUUCACCAAGGAUAAGGUUCAGUGAAAUGCUGCUGUGCUGGUUAGGAUUAUGAGAACUGAGGAUGGUGCAAUCAUCUUAAUCCUGCAGGAUGUGGUGUUAGUGGCCAGGACCCUGCUCUCUGAAUCCACGCAGGACGACUCAGGAAACUUUCACACAAUCCCUGUCAAACCAGAGCUGCGUUGUUAGCUGAAGCUGGCUCGCUCGUCACUGCCUUCAUAAAUUUUGAUUGACAUGGAUUUGUUCACUAUGCUUUUUUUCCACCUAUCUCUCUCGUUCCCUCUCUGGCUCUUUCCCAGUUCCUCUUGCCUACAGUAGCAUAGUGGUGAGAUCUGCACAUUGCAAAAACCUGGUGAUUGGCGAGAGUGCCAAGAAAAAGACGGAAUCAAAGUUCGCUGACAUGCUGCAGCAAUCAGGUGCACUGUGAAAAGUCUCGGGGAAAAAUGCCUGGCCGUGGUCUGUGGAUGGAAGAAUGAAGCACCCGGGAACUUUUUUCAGGUCUGGAAGAGUCAUACCCCUGUGAUUGUGUGCGUUCAUGUGGGGUUCAGGGAGGCUUGGUUGCGAGACAAGACUAAUCAUUUGUCUUGAUUCCCUGGGCUGAGAGCAGGAAAACAGAGGGGGACGGGACGAGCAAACCCCUCUAUCAAGACCUGAUCUAUUUCCCCAAACAAUUUAGUGUAUUCAUGAGGUUACGCAAAUGUGGAGGCAGCAAAAUUACCGUAAUCAAUUGAAACAGCGAGUGCGCAUCCAUGGCUCUGAUUAUUUGAAGAUCAUCUAUCAGCCUGAUGUCUAUGUAACGAGGAAAGGGGGGCACUGAAUUACUGUUGAGUUUCACUGAGAAGUCCAUGAUCAUUGGGCAAAGGGAGUUUGGUCAGUGAUAAUAGGGCUCCUUAGUCUGGCGACAGAAAUAUUUCACCAAGCAUUAGAUAGCUGACUGUGCCGUGCUGAAAGGUGCUGUUUUGAAACUAAAACCCACACUGUCCGGACGAGCUGCUGCUCCGUGCUCUCCGUAAUCUCCUUUUUUUUUUCACCUGACAAAGGAAAAAAAAGACAAACCGCAGGUCCAAAAGGAUAAACUGAGAAUGGAGGUCAGAUACAACCAAGAGACGGACGGGAUGGUGUUGAAGAAUGGACUAAAGGAGGGGAAGGAUAGCAAGGACUCCCAGGGCAGCUUGUCCAAAAGCUUCCUCAAGGAGCAGCAGGACUCCUUUUCCCCCUCUGGGACUCUAGACAACUGCGAGAAGAACAGAGGGAGCACAGGGGACCCAGACUACUGUCGGAGAAUACUAGUCCGAGAUGCUAAAGGCUCCAUCAGAGAGAUAAUUCUGCCGAAGGGUCUGGAUCUGGACCGGCCCAAACGGACCCGCACCUCCUUCACUGCAGAGCAGCUCUACCGGUUAGAGAUGGAGUUUCAGAGGUGCCAGUAUGUGGUUGGGAGGGAAAGGACUGAACUGGCCCGCCAGCUCAAUCUGUCUGAAACUCAGGUGAAGGUCUGGUUCCAGAACCGGCGCACUAAGCAGAAGAAGGACCAGGGGAAGGACUCGGAGCUGCGCUCAGUGGUUUCAGAAACAGCAGCGACCUGCAGCGUGCUCAGACUGCUGGAGCAGGGGCGGCUGCUGACACCUCCGGGCAUGCCGGGCCUCCUGCCCCACUGCAGCAGUGGCACCCUGGGCUCCGCCCUGCGCCCUCCCUCCAUGGCCAUGGCCAGCAAUGGCAGCAAUGGCAGCAGCGGCGGCAGCAGCACAGGCACAGCGGGCGGCAGCCCACCUCUACCCACCGUUACCAGCUCAGGGACAGUUGCGGGCCUGCAGAGCUCACCUGCGGCUCACAGCCUCUUCAGCUUCCCCAUGCCGUCCUUACUCAGUGGCGUCGCCACCCGCAUUUCCUCCAAUCCCCUGUCCAUGGCCGGCUCGCUGGCUGGCAACCUGCAGGAACUCUCAGCCCGCUACCUGAGCUCCUCUGCGUUUGAGCCUUACUCGCGGACCAAUGGCAAAGAAUCCAUGGACAAGAAAAUUCUGGAAUGAUGCUUUGUUUUUACAGAGAUGGAUUCCUGUUUCCUCUGGACGUGUUUGGUUGUUUUCUUGGCUUUCACUGUCUUUGUUUGGUUUUGCUCAGUCUCUUUCAUCUCUCUGUGUCAAGUUCUGUAGCAGUUCAUGUGUUCUAGUUGCACAUCUGGAGCCUUGUAAAAGGAAGAAAACAAAAACCUGUACAAGCUCAUCUGAUGGGACCGGGUGGAGGUGGGAGGAUUUUGCACAAAAUAUUCACAACAGGACUUUGUUACAGAGAUUUAGAGAGAAACACUCUGAGGUGAUCACUGAGGGCUCUUUCAGGUUUCUGAUUAACUGAUCAUUAGUCCUAUCUGUUCUAAUAACCAGAGAAUAUGGCUGCUUCAUACCACACUGCAGGAGUGGUACAUAGUGUAUAGCAGGAAGUGAAGGUGACAGAAAGUGUAAAGUGAUGGUACCUUUUUGAGUUUUGUUUUAUUUUUUGAUUGUGUUGGGUAGAUGCAUGUCACAGUAAGUGGAGGAGGAGUUGUCAAACACCAGCAGCAGCAGUUUGUGAGAUCCAAUCAGCCGAUUUGAAUGUUUCAAAUUUAAAAUGCAGCGUUAUGAAUGAACAAGCAAGGUCGAUUUUUCAACAUAGAAUUGGGGAAGAAAAAAAAGUGCCUGUUUCUGAAGGUCACUGCAAGGCCAGUGUGAGCGCAGAGCCCAGUGCAUUAGAUAUGCUUUUGCAGAUGCCCUGCAAAAAUUUAUCUCACAAAAAGAUCUUUUGUACAUCUGUUUGUAUUAAGUUUCGACCAAGCCAAAACAUAAUCCAGAGACGGUGUUGUCAUACAGUUUGAUGGUUCAAUUGUUCAGUGUUGUUUUCUCUAUGGUUUGGUGAGGAUUUGAACAUUUUACAACAGAAGUCUUCACUUUGUGGAAUUUUCCUCUUUGAGGUGCAGUACCUGACUUCGUUUGCCUGUGAUUUUAAUACCACUGUGAGUUCUCAGAGUUUUGUGUACAGUUUCUACUCCAUGCAGGAACUAAUCACAGGAAUGAGCUGCUGAGCAGGAGGGUCUUACAAUUGGCUUUUCAGCAUUAGUGAGCUGCUUGCUUUGUUGAACACGGCAGCAGGUAACAGGUUUUUCAAUCAUUCAGAUACAGUGAGUUUUACAGUUAGUCCACAGGCAGACUGAUACAUGUGAAGACUGAGUGACAUUAUUGUUGUAUAAAAGUACUGGAAAUAAGAAAAGUACCUUAAAUUGUUAUUUUAUUGUAAAUUAUUCACUUCUGUAAUUAAUAGAUUAUUAGUAUCUGGAAAAUAAUGAAUGAAUGUAUUUGCAGGGUUGAGGAAUCAAUCAAAAGCUCUUUGGUGCUGUUGUUGUGAAAUAUCUUGAAAUUUGUGAAACGUGUGGUACAAAUGUGCAUAUAUAUGAUGUAUCUGGAUACAGACAAAGUGUGUUUUCCAUUUUUCUUUCAUACAUGUUGCUAUGAAUCAAGUUAUGAUAAAUUUCAUGACUAUUAUACCUCUUAUAUACACUGA